AUGCAGAUAAAUACUGAGGAACACGUGGAUACAACUGAUCAGGAAGUUAUCUUCUGGGAUCAUAAGAUUCCUGAGGAUAUCCUGAAGGAAGUAACUGCUCCUAAAGAGGUAUCAGCAGAAAGUGUUACUGUUUGGAUUGACCCACUUGAUGCUACACAGGAAUAUACAGAGGAUCUUCGAAAGUAUGUCACUACUAUGGUGUGUGUGGCUGUAAAUGGUAAACCUGUUCUGGGAGUUAUACAUAAGCCAUUUUCUGAAUAUACAGCUUGGGCAAUGGUAGAUGGUGGUUCAAACGUGAAAGCCCGCUCUUCCUACAAUGAAAAGACCCCAAGGAUCGUUGUGUCUCGUUCCCAUUCAGGGAUGGUCAAACAGGUUGCUCUUCAGACUUUUGGAAACCAAACUACAAUUAUCCCCGCUGGUGGUGCUGGUUAUAAAGUUUUAGCACUCUUGGAUGUGCCUGAUAAGAGUCAAGAAAAAGCCGAUCUAUAUAUCCAUGUGACAUACAUCAAAAAGUGGGAUAUAUGUGCUGGCAAUGCCAUUUUAAAAGCCCUUGGGGGGCAUAUGACCACCCUGAGCGGUGAAGAGAUCAGUUACACCGGUUCUGAUGGCAUUGAAGGUGGACUCCUUGCUAGCAUUAGAAUGAACCACCAGGCUCUGGUCAGAAAACUCCCGGAUCUAGAAAAGACAGGACAUAAAUAAGCAUAACUGAUUACAGGGUGCAACUCUUCCAGAGCUGAGAUGGUUACCCUGAAAUCCUGGAAGCUCAGAGGAUUAGUGGAGACUAUGCAUGGUUAAGGCCAUCUCAAACUUUUUAAAGUAUUUAUGAAGCAAAAGAGACUUAUUUUCCCUGUGAUAGGAUGCAAGGUCAGGGAAAAUAGGUUGCUUCGUGUCUCAAGUAUUGUCUUUAUUUUUGAGACUAUUUUCGUACAGUUGUCAUACACAAAGCGCAUAUAUAUAUUUGUGAAUUAAAAUCUGUAGCUGAGUCUCCAUUGUUAUGAGUCACCAUUUUCACACAACAUCGUGAAUCAUCACUAUUUGUUAGUACUUUCAUAUAGAAUUGGGCUGAAGGAAAGAUUGAUUUUGUGUAGAUGUUUAAUACAGUUUUACAAUUAUUUCUCAUUGAAAAUAAGUAAUUGGGAAUUUUUACCCCCUCAUUUGGAUGGAAAGCACAAAAAGCCACACAUUCAUUAAUAUGCAACAAAUGUUUUAUUUAUGUUACUGAAUAUUUCAACGGAUUAAAAUAGAAAAAGCAUAAUUGAUUUUUUUCCUUGAAAUAAGUUCUCUAGCUGGUAGAAAAUAUAGAUAUAUGAUGGCUUGCUUUGUAAUCAUGAUUUCUGUAUGUGUGUGUGCUGUUUUGUUUUUAUAAAGAAAGUAUAUUUGUUCCAUGGGUUUAAUAUUUCUGCCAUCUUGCUGUUGAUUUUCAUUUUCCAUAUGGAAGAUGCAUGGUUCAUCCUUUUCCUUUUGACCAACACUCAGUUUUUAACUUGUAAGGUUUGGUUUAAGGUUUCAGGUUUAGCACCAUCAUUUUGGUACAUUUUCUCAUUAGGGAUGAAUAUGCUGUAAGGCACUAUAAGACUAUAAAUGAUUCUAUUACAAUUGAAAGUUACCUGACAUUGUAUGAAUUGAACUAGCUUUUGUUAUUUUCAAAAACUUUGUUUUAGCAGUUUUUUAAAAAAUUUGCCAGGUUUGUAUAUAGAAGAUUCCCUCAUUAUCAAGAAUGAGUAUGGUUGCUUUUGCCAUGGUUGCUUUUACUAUUAAUAAAUGUAUCUAACCUAGCCAGACUCUCAAAGUGGUAACUUUUGAGAUACUCUAGUUUCCCUUCAGAUUAAAAUAAUGAAAGUUGAAGUUACUUUUUGCUGAAAUUUUUUUUCUUUUCAAUCGGCAGAAUCUUGUUGGAAAAGUGUUGUGACAUGUUCAUUGUGCAGCCAUCACUAGAACUUGCUUUAUGAACUUUUCAUUGGGAUGUGCAGUUUCCUCAGUGUGAUAUCUGGAAUCUUCGUGUAAACGAUACGUUUAUUUCAUGUGACUUCAGUGCCCUUAUAAUUCUGUAACACACUGAUAAGGAGAGGGUUUUCUCAUAGUUGCUCUCCUUUUCCAAAUUUUUAAACCUAAAUCAGCUUUUUAUUUUUCUAUCUUGUAGUUAAAACCUACCAAAGAAUGUGCAUUCUAGCCUAGUUGGAAUGAGCAUGCUUUUGGUUUGAAUGUUACAUUGUCCAAAGCCCUUCAAGUUUUCUUUAGUAAAUUGAAUCUAGUGUGAUGCAAGUGUGUUCACCCCAUCUGCAGCAACUGGUCACAGAUUUGAUAAGGUGGUGGGCCUUAUUAGGGAGGCCUUUGUUGAAUGAAAAUUCAUUUAAAGUUUUAGUGGUUGGAGCACUUGAUGUUUAAAUAGAACCUGAAAAUUUUGAAAAGAAUAUUAGAGACUAAUCUUUUUACUUUGCAAUAAGAUGAAGAAGUUUUUUUUUCCCUUUGGAGAGAUAGCAAAGGCAUAUGCGGUUUCCCAAGUCCGAUGGUAUAAGAAUUAGUUUUAACAGUAGUACUUCAAAGUUAGGGAAAUGGGACUAGCAAGUUGAAAACAAUUUAAUUGGAUUUUUUCAAUAUUAUAUGGAAACUUUAUGGUUUAAUGGAAACAAAGCUAGUUCAUGUUAGCAAGCAUGAUUGUCUUUAUUUUUAAUUUCAUUAAUCUACAUGUAGAUAAUGAUUUUGUGAAGGAUGUGUGUUGUAUGCCAAACUUGAGAUACUGCCUGAGGGUUAAAUACAUUAUUUUUAUGAUUUAUUGGAUGUAGUCUAGUUACUAAUGGUUUUUCCGUACUUUUAUGGAAAGUUCACUUUUAAAAUUUUUGUUUCUUGAAGGUAAUAUUGCAGAACUGGAAUAAGUACAAGGAACAGUAUUUAUUUGUGUGCGAUAGUAUUUGCCAGAGUAUACCAGUAAAACCCCUUUAUGAAUGAGACAUGUAGCAUCGCCCAGAAUUAAAUUAUUCCUAAAAAGUAGCAAAAUAACUAAGUACAGUUUACUUUUAGUGGCCCACACUUCCUCAACUCCUGGUCUUCCCUUUCUUCACUUCUGUCCUUAUCAGAGUAUCAUUUUUCCUUAAAAUGUGAGUUUUAAGCAUCACAUGUAGUGGAAGCAGUGACAUCAGUCAUCUCGGUAUCCAUCAGCUGCCUCCUCUUCAUCUCCUCCUACCUGUUAACUGUUUGCAUUUAUUUGCCCAUUAAGGUUCUCCUUUUAUCUCUCCUUCUCUUUCUUAGCCAGAAAACUAUCCCUACAAUGCUCACCCCCAAAUGAUUUUAUAUAUGCAUUUUUCUCGAGAUUGGCUGCUCUUGUUUUCUGUAGAACUGAGGCUUUGGUAAAGUUCCCAGUGAGGGAGAUGGACCUGGUGGAGGACUGGUUGACUCACUUUUCAAAGACUCCUCAGAAGCUCUAGGAAAAUCACCUUCAAAAUGAAAGAUGUUUACAUUGUCAACCUAAUCCAACACUUUAUGUUUUUACAAAGCACUUCUUCCAACCCACUGCUCAAGACUCCUAAGUGUGGAAAAUAUGAAAGAGUUGGGUUGUUGAUAACCCUGCUUGAGGAAACUAGGCUUUACUGUCAGUUUUCAUACUUGUAUUCCCCAUUCAAUUGAAUUUAUAAGGACCUGCAAGAUGGUUGUGUUUGUCUUAGGUGUGUGAAUGUUCCUUUUUCUCAGAUUUAGUGUGUCUUUCUUGAUUUGAAAUCAGUAAUAUCAGUGAAUUGUUUAUGGCCGUAUAAUGAAGUAACAAAAGCAUUUUACGUUUUAAUUAACAGUUGUGUGAAUUCUUCCUGUUUUGGGGUGCUCCCUUUGAGUAUUUUGCAAAUUGCAGCAGAGGUGGGGGGGAGGCAGUGGGUAAGAAGGGAGUGGGACAGAAGACAGAGGGAGCUCAAGGGAGUGGUGAGGGGGCGGGUGCAAAGCAAACAUCUGCCCUGACCCCCAGGAUCAGGAACUCUGCCCUUGUCUCAGAUGUUGAGUGUAAAUUGGGUUUGUUCAGGCUUUGAAAGUGUCAGCUGUCUCUGAUAGCCCAGGCAUAAGUUAAAAGAAAGGCGGUGUGCCCUGCAUAAAAGAAAAUAUCUAGCUUUCCUCUCUUGGAUUACACCUUGAAGAUGGCCUUCUGGAGACAGGUUAAAACAGGAACUGUUGGGAUUAUUCUAGCUGCAACUGCCUAUCUAGGGUAUGUGUUGAUUAGUCCUAGAUAGGAAAAAAUGAUUUUUCAUUUUAAAUCUUGGUUGAAUUUAAGAUGUAUUUGAUUAUAUGCCUACAAAAAGUCUGUCUGGUAACUGUUGUAGAAAAUAAACCUAAUCUGUGGUUUUAUUUUUACCUUAAAAAAA